AUGGCCAAAGCAGCGACACCUCCGUGGCGGCUUUUCGUACUUUUCUGUUGCUGCGUAUACAGCAGAACACAUGCAUAUAAAGUGCCCAAAAUCCACUCAGACAGCCCAGAGCUUCCUUUCAACGGAGGACUCCAUGCGUGGAUCCCACAACAGAAAACGCAGCACAGCAGUACAGUGUUUCAAGUUCCCUCUCUUCCACUGCAUCAAUCUACUGUGCACCGUUCGCAUACGGGUCAGGCUCUAACAGGCACAUCUGCAGAGGAGCCCGUUUCCGAGACGAAUGGAAAUGAAAGAGAGCCACAACGCCGCAGGGACCACAGAACGCUAGGCACAAUGAUGGAUCUGUUCUGCUUUCCGAAGCCAAAGCUAGCGUCUAUGGGGGGUGUCGGGCCGGCUUUGCUGCCAAGAGGGCAGUGCUGUAUGCUGCAGUUGCAGCGAGCUCUACGUAAACUGCAAGAGCAACAGGGAUUUGAAGAGGUCCGCACAGGGUCGCUGGCGCAGGCUUAUUUGUGGCGCCGCAGCGGCCACAUGGAGCACUUCGCAGACAGCAUGUUUGAAAUUGCUGAUUUCAAGGCAGCGCAGAAGACUGACGCAUCUGGAGAGACAGUAGAGUCAGAGGAGCAACAAGAAAAGCCUGAGCAGAAUGGCUUACCGACUGAUACCAGUGGGGAUAACGGCACUUCAUAUUUACUGAAGCCGAUGAGCUGCCCUCUUCAUCUUUCUCUUUUCUUCGAACGUUCUGUCCGUUCAGGGUCUGAUGCGCCGCUGCGGAUAAGUGAAUUUGGGCAUGUGUACCGGCGCGAGGUGCCCAGCGCCCUCUCAGGCCUCAUGCGUCUGCGAGAAUUCACCCAGCCAAAAGCCCAUCACCCUGAAAUUCUCCGUGCCCCGAUUACAUCAUUGGCACAAUCGGGUGUCUCAGGAGACCUGGGAUUUUUUACGCGUUCCGUGGUGAGAAUGCGGCUCGUUUUUGAAUCUCACAGGCCUACCAGCAGCCAGGGCUCAGAGCAAGAGUGGGCCCAUGCGGAAGGACUUUUGCGCACCGCGCUGGAAGAGCUGAAUAUUCCCUGCAAGGUGGCCGCUGGUGAGGGUGCCUUUUAUGGUCCAAAGAUUGAUAUUCACGUUCCGAACGUGGAGAGACGACUGUGGCAAAUAGGAACGUUGCAGGUCGACAUGUUUUCGCCCAAGGCUUUCGCUCUCGAGCCAGUUCCAUCCACUGAGGACCGACUGUGCCUGCUCCACCGUGCAAUGUGUGGAUCUCUCGAGCGUUUCCUUUGUCUCGUCCUUGAGAACUCAGAUGGUCAUUUAAAGCCCUGGCUGGCGCCGACGCAGGUGGCUAUACUCAGUGUUGGAGAGGGGCAGGCGAGCGCCGCUGAUGCCUUAGGUAGGCGCCUUAGGCGGUCGAAUGUCCGUGUCUCAAUUGAUACGCGACCCAUCCAUAUCUCCAGAAAAUUGAAGCUAUACUUGAAGUACCGGGUCCCUGAAAUUUGGCUUAUGGGAACGACAGACCAGGAGAGGAACACGGUCACCGUGCGUAGGCCUCGCGGGGAGCAGCAAGUUGUGCCCGUCGAACGAGCUCUUGCGGCCGCAAGACGGCGGGCCAAGCUGCCAUUUUAG